AUGGAUCCCGUCGAUCAGCUCUUCAACCCAAAUCCUUACCAUCCGUAUCCCCAUCACCAACAUCACCUCUACAACUUCUACCCACCUCCCCACCCCUCUCGCCAACCUUCUCCCCGCCCGUCGCCUUCCUCCACCCCCAUCCCUCACUCCCCUCAUAAUUUGUUUCUUUCUCAUCAACUUCCGCCCACAGAUGCUACUCCUCACGAUCAUCGCGAACCAGACCCCUCUGUCGAUCAAAUCCAAGACGAUCCUCCACUUGACGAGGAACCGCUUUACGUGAAUGCGAAGCAAUAUUAUCGCAUUCUCAAAAGACGCGUUGCUCGAGCCCGCCUCGAGGAGCUCCACAGACUUUCCAGACAGAGAAAGCCCUAUCUGCACGAAUCGCGUCACAAACAUGCCAUGCGUCGCCCUCGUGGUCCCGGUGGUCGUUUCCUCACUGCGGACGAAAUAGCUGCUCAAAAAGCCACACAGGCAGCCGAGGCUGGGCCUUCCGCUUCUGCGUCCCAGAACGGUGAGGACGAAGAUGCCGACCUCGUCGACAAGGACUUUGACAAAGAGGCUGAAAUGUCGGUAGAUAGUCCCUCCGAGGCAAAACCUGUACUGUCGCCUCAAGCAUCGCAAAACCAGCCUACUCAGGCAACUACUGCUGUAGUUCAGCCUCCCAUCCAACCUCGCCCUCAGAUUCAGCAACCCUCUACGCAAUCGGUGUCUUCCCACCAACAAGCUCGUUCUCAUGCAUUCUUGCAAUCUCAACCACAGGUCCAGCCCCAAUCGUCGCAGCGCCCCCACCUACAAAAUCAUGUACCGACACGAUCUCAGUACGAACAGCAUAUCCCUAUUGGGCACGGUGCGGGGUCGAUCAACCUGCUUAAUGUGGGAUAUCAUCACAACAUUCCUCAUCCCACAACACCUACUCCGCUCUCGCCUCAUCCCAAUGUUCAGGACACUCUGCAAGCAUGUGAACACGUGCAUCAAGGGCGCGAUCACUCCCACCGCGAUCUUCCUCGUCAAAUGGGAACCACCUCACCUCCCAGUGCAGUCGGACACGCACCGGUUGUGUCCUCCAACACAGUCACCUCGCCUUCGUCGAUCAGCCUUCGUGCACCUUAUGCGCAAGCGCCAAUGCAUCACGUCCCACAUCCUCAUGCUCACGCUCGCCAUCAUCAUUCGUAUGUCAACAACGCUGAGAGGUUGUAUUCCGACGAUCGAAGCGUUAUUGGCCUGGCUACUGAGUCUCUCAAGGGCGACAUUCAGAGCAGGUCAUCCGCGUCAUUACAUUUCGGGAAUAACCCGGGGUCUACGUCAAGAUAA